UUUUGAAAGGGUUGGUUGUGUCGCUCAAAGCUCUCUAGUGUAUUGUUCUUUCAGUGCGUACAAAUUCAAGCACAAAUAAUCGAAAUGAAGUAUUAUGCCACAUAAAGUUGUUUUAUUUUAUUUAGCUACAUCAAAAUGCGUGGAAAACGCUUUUUGGACAUGCAUUUCCAGGCACUGUUCGACUUCUGGACACUGACGACAGUCUUGCUAGUUACUGAACUGACUUUCGCCCAGUCAGAAGAAACGUUCAAAUGUCCCAGCAAUUCGGCUUAUUUCUUUCCAUGUACAUGCGUGAAGCCUGGCACUGACGGAAUAUAUGUUGAGUGCGAAAAUACUAACCUUGCUUCCAUAUCAAUUGGAUUGGCAAACGUCAGGUUACCCAUUGAGGAACUGCGGCUUACGCGCUGCAACAUACGCAGGCUCUUCGGCGAUGUUUUCAAGUCCGUACAUAUUAAGCGCCUGGUGGUAGAGGAUACCCUCGUGGAGGAGGUGGCCGAGGACGCGUUUGUAGGAGCAGCCUCUACUCUGAAGGACCUACGGCUCCUGGGGGCGCCCCUGAACGGUGUCCCUACAGCCGCCCUCGCGCCCCUCGACAUGCUUGAGCACUUGGAAAUCAGAGGUGCCAACAUCACCGAGCUGAAGAACGGAGUAAUACCACCUCUACCUCAGCUCAAGUAUCUUCACAUCAAUAAGUGCGGCUUAACACAAAUAACAUCCGACGCCCUCGAGCCGCUGAAAAAGUUGGUGAAAAUCGAUUUCAGUCACAAUGAGCUGAAGAACCUUCCAAAAGGCGUAUUCAAAAGCAAGAGAGACGCAAGGCUCUUGGAUCUGUCGCAUAAUGACUUCACGAAGCUGGACGCUCAAUACUUCUCGGACCUUGGUGCACUGACAUGGUGCAACAUGUCGCACAACAGCAUCACGGACCUCGGACGCGCGCCCUUCGCACGCAACACGGAGCUGGGGUGGCUGAGUCUCAACCACAACCUCAUCAUCAAGGUUGAAGACACGGCGCUCAGGUCGCUCAGGAAAAUGAGGCGUCUCUACAUCACAGAUAACCUCAUCACUGAAGUUCGUCGUAAUGCGUUCAGCGCGAUAAAGGACCGCGUGGCGACCGUUGACAUUGCCAGGAAUCAGCUAAAAGAAGUCGGCACCGGCAUGUUCCGGGAUUUUAAAUCAAUUCAAGAAAUCAACUUGGCCGAAAACAUGAUAACGGUCGUGAAGAAAGAAGCGUUCGUUGACUUGUACCUAACCCACAUCAACAUCAGCCAUAACCAAAUCACGACGUUUGAGAAUCGCUCCUUCGUUGCGUGUAAGAAUAUAACGACACUGGAUUUGUCAUACAACAACAUUUCUAAAAUACAGCCUGAAGCUUUCGUUGAUUCCUACAUGACUUUAUUCCAUUUGCAAUUCAAUAAAAUAAUUGAUACUUCCAAAAUCUCGAUGAAUUUCUUCGGUGUGAAAGUGGUGAAUAUGUCGUACAACGAAAUACAAGUGGUAGGACGCAAGACCUACCCAGAUCUUUACGAACUUCACACGAUUGACUUCAGUCACAACAACAUCUCGGACAUUGGCAGGUCUGUAUUUCAAACCUUGUUCAGUAUCCGUUACAUAAAUAUGAGUUACAAUUCUUUGGAGGAACUCAAAGGUGGCUUCUUUGGCACGCUACCCACUCUGCUCGCGUUGGACCUCUCGCACAACAGAAUACAUUCGGUCACACAGGGUACGUUCCAGAGCCUGUCGUCGCUACGGGAACUGUGGCUCAACGACAAUAGAUUGCGCGGAUUGUUUGUUAUCCCGCAAGCUCUGAAUUAUCUUUAUCUUCAGAACAACAAUUUAACCGAAAUAAAACCUUCCACGUGGCCGGUAAUGAACGCCCUUCUCUAUCUUGACAUGGGGAAUAACAAUUUCCGGGACUCAUUAGGCCCUGGCUCCUUCAAUGGCUUAAACUCGUUAAGAAACUUGAAUCUAGAAAACAAUUCCAUUUCUGUUCCUCCGUGGGAGGCGCUAAGUGACAUGCAAACGUUGCAGCACAUCAACUUGGAAAAUAACGUCAUCGAGAACAUCACGCAAAGUGCCUUCGGACGUCUUCCUACAAUGUUCACCAUUAAUCUGGCAAACAAUGGCAUUAGGAACGUCAGUCAAAGAGCUUUUGAAGGACUACUUCAACUAGUCACGCUCAACUUGUCAUCUAAUGGACUACAACACAUACCUAACGAUGCUUUCAGAGGGCUCGUAGCCCUACAGACUCUUGACAUUUCUUUUAACAAUUUGAAAUCAGUUGAUAAUAAAACGAAUGGUUUAUUCGAAGACUUGCUUUCCAUUAAGAACUUAAAUAUGUCUCACAACAAAUUCGAUAUCGUGACGAAAAAAAUGUUCCCAUACAACAAGUACAUUCCUUAUAACCUUUUGGACGUUGAUCUUAGCUACAACGAAAUGCCUGUGCUGACCACAAACCUAGUCAUCGGGCUUCAAAAAGUGAAAAAGUUGAAUUUUUCACACAACAUUUUGAACGACCUCCGCCCUAGCGUCUUGGGAAACCUAUCCCAGCUCGAAGAGGUUGACCUAAGCCACAACCACUUGGACGCCGUGGGUACAACCGUGUUCGCAAGAAAUUCAAAGCUGCGAAAGAUCCACCUUCAAGGCAACCAGCUCAUAUCUCUGCCGGCAGCCGUAUUCAUGUCCAGCGAGAACUUGACAUACCUCGACCUCAGGAACAACCAACUGCACAACUACUACGACGAGUUUGUGCCGAGAGUCGUGAACGGCACUAGAAUUCGAUACGAGGGCAAUCCCGUGCACUGUGACUGCGGGCUGCGUCCCGUCAUCGCGUGGCUGGCAACCCGCCUGAGCUUGAGGGACUGGCGUGACGUCACGUGCCACUCUCCCUCACGUCUGCAGGGUCAGCCGCUCACUCUGAUCGAGGAGAGCCAGCUAGGCUGCGAUGACCGCACAGGCCCAGAAGUACAGGUCUCCCCGGAUGUGAUGUUCCGUGAACACACGUACCAACGUACCAACCAGGCUCGGGUACUGGAACACGCGUUGCACAUGGCGUGGUACGUGAACACCCACGACGACGUGGGCAGCUUCAGCAUCACCGUGCAGAACAUCACGACGGGGCAAGAGCUCACCCAGGCCACCGUGCCCUACACGGCGCGCUUCCAUCAGUUUCCUGAGAUCACCGAGGGAGUUUACUAUGUGUGUGUGGCCGCCGUCAGCAGCGAUGGCAGGGUCAGGCCGCUGCAGAAGUCGCAAUGCCAGGAAAUGAGCGCCAGUCUUGCGGUGACACUCCUUCCGGUGCAGGUCAUGAUGAUGAUGUUGAUUUCGUGCGCGCUGCUUCUGUUGUGAGGUCAGGACUGCUGUCAACAACGAAACAUUUGUGCAUCCCAAAUAAGGAGUAACCUCCGCCGUGGACAUAAUAAAGCUCCCCACAUCGGCAUGGCGGCCUUGGAACAAAAAAUUCUGGAUUCAACGGUCAUAGAAAUCGCGGAGGUCUUCAUCAGCGUGAUAAAUACGAGGUGUACAAACAAAUUAAGAGCAAACAUUUUUCUGAAAUAUAUUUUGAAUGAAAA